AUGAUCUCGGACAUGCUUGUCGGCCUUCUUGACGGCAUUACUGGCAUAUCGAAGACCAUCGAAGAUGUUUUUAGCGGUCUUGCCAAUCUCAUCUUCGAGAACAAGAACCAGGUGCAGUCUCGUACUGUCUGGUCGCUGUUCCACGUGUUUCUCUAUGAUAAAACCACAGACGACGUUAGGACAUACUUCCGGAUUAUCAACUACUCGGUCACUGCCGAGAUGGUUGAGUAUGUUUCCAACAAGACGACCCAUCAAGAGAUUAAAAUGGGAUUCAACUUCAACAUGACCGAUCUUAGUCUGAAUGAAAACCAGUGGGACAGAGUCAAGGACGAUGUUCAAAAGUUCAUUGAUGAUAUUUCUGCGAACCAGGUCGAAAACCCGAUUGACGGUGAAAUCAGUGUUUAA